AUGAUUCUUGGUUUUGAGCAAUGGCAGAAUAUGGAACUUCGCAGUGAGCACGCUGAGGACUCUGGGAGGAUGGGUGCAAAGCUGUUGGGACUGGUGACCAAGCGCGACUGUGACUUCAUUGAGGACAUCGUAUCAGCCCAUGACCGAAAGACUCGGUUGACCUCCAUUAUGACGCCAGUGAAGGACUUGGUCCUGGCGAAGGAAGGCAUCGACCUAGUGAGCUGCAACGACAUGCUGCAGAAGUCCAAGAAGGGGAAGCUGCCGAUUGUGACAGAGAGUGGCCUACUAGUUGCAAUGGUGUCCAGAACUGACAUCAAGAAGAAUGUCGAGUUCCCGAACGCCACAAAGGAUCCACUGAACAAGCAGCUGCUGGUGGCCGCUGCGAUUGGCACUCGCCCAGCAGACAGGGAUCGAGUGAAUGCACUUGUUUCCGCAGGAGUGGAUGCCAUUAUCAUCGACAGCAGCCAGGGAGACAGCGUUUUCCAGCAUGAGAUGGUCAAAUGGAUCAAAACAAAUCACCCGAACAUCCAGGUUGUGGCUGGCAACGUGGUGACGAAGCGCCAAGCGAAGCAUCUUAUUGAAUGUGGAGCGGAUGCCUUGCGCGUGGGUAUGGGUAUUGGAUCCAUUUGCACCACGCAAGAGGUGUGUGCUUGCGGCCGUGCCCAGGCCUCGGCUGUUUACAAUGUGGCGAAGCUGGCCAAGGUGUAUGAUGUCCCCAUCCUAGCCGAUGGUGGGAUUUCCAGCCCCGGGCACAUCGUCAAGGCCUUGAGUCUGGGCGCUGGAGCGGCCAUGUGUGGCAGUCUUCUGGCAGGCACUUCAGAGACCCCUGGUGAGUAUUUCUACUCUGAAGACGGCAAGCGCCUGAAACGCUACCGUGGUAUGGGCUCGAUCGAUGCCAUGAAGAAGGGCUCUGACGACAGAUACUUUGGCACAGCCGCAGCAAUCAAAGUGGCACAGGGCGUGUCCGGCACUGUGCAAGACAAGGGCAGCAUCCACAGAUAUAUCCCGUACCUGACUCAAGGCAUCAGACACGGGAUGCAGGACGUUUGGAAACUGCUUUCGCAUUGA